UGAAGAACUGCUCACAUCAUCUGUUUGGAGCAUUUCUUACAUGUUAAUUUAAUAAAGUUGAAUUUCUCACUUGUGUUGUCAGUCUUUGGUUUAUAAAUGGGCGCUGUUCCACCUUUCCACCACCAGGUGUCAGAUGCUGGCAGCGGAAGUGAAACCUCGCUUUGCAAACACACAGUAUCGCCACAAGGCAUCCAUAACGGAGAAAUCGUUUUGCUUGUGUGUUUAACACCGAUUCACUGCUCACGGGUAGAGUGUAUUUGAAUGCGUCAUGAAGCCGCAGCUGACUGGCACUAAAAAGCGCCCAUCUGUGGACAAACCAGCCGUAGCCGAUGCUGCGCUGUCUCUGCAAGAGGAGCUCGUUGCAGCGAUACAUGGAGCAUUUGAAGUAGCAGUAGAGAUCGCAGUUCAUGAGGUGACCAAGCUUGUAGGUCAGGCGACAGGAGACGUGUAUGAGGAGAUGCGACGGGAGAACGAGUCCCUUAAACAAAGACUGCAGAGAGCGGAAGCUUUGCUGGACUGUGCGCGCAGGGAGGAAAGCGGUGGCAGUCCUCCUCCUCCAAAACAACUCCUGGAUGCCACCGACCAUACAGAUCAACCGUGUCGCUCAAAAUGCAACCAGAAAAGCGCAAAUCCAAAAGUGGGUAAUGUGCAAGGUUGCACGGGGGUCAGAGAUGAUCGUUUUCCUUCGUGUCACAGCCGUGUAGACCCCCAACAUAAACAUAAGAGCAAAAAUGAGGAGCAGAGACCAGGCGGUGACGUAAAGACGCAGCAUGUUAGUGAUGCUGCCUUGGAGAAGAAUAAUGGCUGUGCUGAUGCUUUGACAAUAGGAGUCAGUGAAGAGAUGUCCCAAGUAUGUGUGGUCAGGAUAGAAAGUCUAAACCAGCCACGUCGAGACCUGGUAGCUCAAGACUGUGACACGCCACCACUUCCCAGUCGAGAUGACAAGACCACUUUAGAGCAGGUCACUGUGAAGCAAGAGAAACCAGAAGAGGAGAGAGACGGUUCAGUUUGCUGUUUGGACGCGAUCAAAGUGGAGGAUUUUACCUCAGAGUGCAUGUUAGCGGUCCAGUCCAAAAUGCUGGAGGAGUGGAAACCUGAAGGGCUGGAUGCUCAGAACCAAGACGCAAACACUUCUGUGUCCUGCACCGGGCUGGCUCAGACUCAUCUUCCAAACCUUACCACCAACCUUCAGCCACCUGCAGAUCUUCCAUCCUCAGAGUUCCCAAACAUCUUCCAGCUGGCAGAACCAGCUCCCAUCCCAGAAACCCCGCCACAGGUUUAUGGAGUCCAUGUACGGACCAGCCGCAACCACCCUGGCCACAACAACCUCUACACCUGCAAGUCCUGUGGUCAAUCGUUCCACCUGCCCAGCUUGCUGCGACGGCACUACGGCCAGUGCCAGCAGAAGCAGAGUUAUCAGCAGCCCGUAGCAGAAAGCAGGAGAACCAGACUGCAGCUAUACCCACCGGGCUGCAGCCCCUUCUGCUGCACAGUGUGCAACCGAGAGUUUAACCGCAUGGAGAACCUCAAGACUCACCUUCGCAUACACACGGGAGAGAGGCCGUACACGUGCUCGGUAUGCUCUAAGUGUUUCCGUCACUCCGGUGCAUUAACCAGGCACUUUCGUAUCCACACCGGUGAGAAGCCUUAUAUCUGCGGACAGUGUGGGAAAUCUUUCAGAAACUGUGGGGGGCUUAAAUUCCACCAGCGGUCACACAACAAGCAGCUACAGUAGAGUGGGAGGUCCUCAAGAUUACAUUUUGUAUAUGAGAUGUAUGCAAUGCUCAAUAUGUUUAAAUCUGAUCAUUGGUAUGGUAAAAAAUAUAUAUUUUUUAAUUGUCUGGACAGACAUGUGAUAUAGAUCCCUUAGACAACCCAUGAGAGUCCUGAGAAUGCUGCUAUUCAGUGUCAGUUGCAUUUCAUUUUUUAUGUCUUUUGAAUUAAAUUUACAGGUAUCUAUUAUUUGAAAUCAAGCAGCAUCCCCAGUUUUGAUUAGUACAAGAAAGCAUUAUUGGGAUUUCAGAGUAGGUAGUAGUAUCAUACUUACUGGCUAAUAUCAGAUUUUGAGCCAUUAAUGGUAACACACAAGCCAGACUAACCUUAAACCUCACUUAAAUUACAUAAACCAUCUCCGGUAACAGUAAUAGAUAAUUGUCCCAUAACAGGGUCUGUCCUCUGUUUGUACUAUUUCACCUUUUCCCACCAGGUAAUCUCUCUAAGAAUGCAGGGAUUGUAUUUUCAGAGCUCACACUUAAUUGUAAUGUCUCUUUGUUUCAGCCACUUCAGAUGACCAACCUACCCCUUUCUAACACAAGAUAAUAGGUUAUUUUGUCUUUUAAAUUGCGAUGUCCAGUCUUAACUUUGCACCUACAUACAAGACCCUGCAGGAUAGCCCAGAUGUGAAACACACCCAAGGGGGUCGGCGCCGAUACCUGCAGCAGACAAAAGGAUGUGAAAACACUCUGGGGGGAGUUCCUCAGUUAUAAAUGUUUAGGUCUUCCCAUAUUCGGGGUCUUUCUUCAUGUUUGACUGCUCGCGUGUUGAUUGAACUUUUCUUUUUUGUGAUCAAAUGAUUGACCUUUUCUUUGCAAAGAAAAUAAAAACCUUGUUGGCUGGAAGAAGUCUCCAUUUCAUUC